CGAAGGCCGCACCGCUUGCCUUCCUCUCGGCCGCCGUUUUCCAGCGUAGUCUCGUAGCGGAUCUCGCGGCUCGGAGAAGUUCCGGAAGAAGCUUCUCUCCUCUGAAACGGCCGAACGCGGACGACGAUCGAUAGGAAGAUAGACGCGAGAGAACGCGAGGCGAGAUCGCGUUCGAGAAACGUUGCGCAACGGUCGUGAGACGACCAUGCCGAGAUACGACCGAAUCGCUGUUUCUUUCGAACGGCCUGACGUCAAGCGAACGGUGGUGACGCGGUCGAUGAAUUCGAUCGAAUCUCGUCGGCGUUGUCGAUCGGUUUAUCCGUCGAACGCCGGAUUCGUUGGUUCGCGCGCGGUAGUUUCCUCGCGUAUCUCGGACUCGCUGUUGCCUCUAAUUGUAAGAGCGCGCCAAUAAACCGGAACCUCCCGCGAUUAAACGCGUCUGUUAGGAAGCAGGGGAGGCGCUUAGUUACCCCGUUCUCUUUUAUCGCGCGAUCGUGUUAUUUUUACCACGCGACGCGGCUGUUUUUCCGCGAUAGGGAUAAACGGUCGAAGGGAUGCCGCGUUCUCGUUGGCGGAUCGCGAGAUCGAGGAAACGGAGGCGAAACGAGAAAGCUUGGUCGGUUUUCCCCGUCGAGCGAACUCGCGUCGAUCCACGGCGUAACGAUCGUCUCGCGUGUUUCAGAACGGUCGACAUGAUAGGAAACGCGGUGGCGUUGAACGCGACCGUGUUCCAGUCGACCGAACAGGAUCGCGUCGACGUUAUUUUCGAUCGUUUCUCCGGUAAAGAUCUCUUUUCCCCGGAAGAUGUUGCCUCGACCGAGAACGAGUCGAUCCCAACGACCGUCGUCACCGUCUCGACGGAGACGGACGCGAAAUCGUCGAACCACGAUGCCGAGGAGGACACGAGCAACGACCAACGAACGGUCUACACCGAGACGUUUCUCGAGAGUUGCGCCGAACUGGCAAGUCACGGCUACUCCGGCGAUCGCGAGGAACGCCGCGCCACCACAUGGUUUUCCCGGCUUCGCCGACGAUGCUCGACCGUACGCGCAUAAAUAUUAAUCGGACACGAAACUGCCCCGGUUCGAUGCAGGCGCGGAAUCGUUCGAUGGAGGCGCGCCGUAAGAAAAGCCUGUUUACGAACUACGGAAGCCAAAGAAACGCUUGAAAACUAUCGAAAUCGUUCGUUACUUCGCUCGCGACGGAACGUACGGUAGGAACAGCGACGACGCGCUUAUCCGAACGUUUCGCGCGAAGUUAGCCGCUCCGAGUCCGUAGCGCGUCGAGAUCUUGGCCGAAUUCGAACUCGAUUCGACUCGAAUCGAUACGAAUAGAAUUCGCGAAAUGUAUCGAGUUACGUAAGAUUCGCUCGACGCGGAUCGACGCGGAUCGACGCGGUUCGACGCGGUUCAAAGUACGAGGACGAAUUCGUUCGGAAAGAUCGGCGUUUAGCGAACGCUGAAAACCGAGCGCGAACUACCGCCGCGAGAAGGCCAAGGCUGUGCGGCCGGGGUUGCGACGCGUAAUCGUUUCUACGAGAUACCAUCGAGUUGAUCGCGAUUCGAUUCGAAAGGUUCCUCCGGUGUCGCGAGCGAGCAAGGGCAAAACGCUCGAGAACAAACGAUAGCGGACGAUGAGGACACGCGUUACGAAUUUUCUUCGCAGAUUGGCUGCCCACGAUGUGCUCUUGCUUGGAAGGAAGCGCCGCUUUCUUGGGAAAUUAUCAACGCCUCGGUGAUAAAUCGAACGCCCUCGAGUUCGAUCGCGCGACCGAAGAAGCCAGGGGGAAUCGCGGCGGCAAACGCGUGAAUGACGAUGGACGAUGACGACGACGACGACGACGACGACGACGACGACAAGGUGGAGGAGUUGCGCUUCUACAACGACGAUCUCAGCUGGAACAACUUGCACGUUCAAAGGAAUCUACGCACGGACAAUGCCUGCGAGCUGCUCAAGAUUAAAAGGAACGUGUCCGGCGUCGAUUGGUCGAUCAUCGAGACGUGGCCGGAACUCGGAAUCGAACGUACGCUGGAGGAUCACGAGGACGUAUCGGCGGUGUACAGGGACAUGAGAUCGUACCCUUCCCGGCACGACAGAAAGUUGCUUUUCCGUUUGGAUUUUCUGAAAUACGAGUUUUUCUUCGACCCCGAGCAAUUUUCUCCCAACGAGAUGGUCGAUUUCCCAGCCGCGUUCGCGGACGACGAGGGAACGCUGACCGACGCCGAAACCGCGUUAACGAAUUAUCUGCAAAAGGACGACGGCGAAUGCCCACAGGUCUUCAGCUUGGUUUGGAUCAGGAUCGAUCGUUUGGACGUCUGGAGAAGAACGCACAUGCUGCUUCGGGAUCGGAAGCUCUACCUCGCGAGAAAAACGAGCGUGGUUUCGCUGAACCGAUUACCUGACAACGAGCACCAACUGAUCCCGCUCGCUCACCUGCCGGACUACUCGAUCUACAAGAUCGCGAAUGCGAAAAAGCGAUUGAAGGCGCCCUUCGAGUGGGGCAUCAGCCUGAGGCCAUCCCUCAACGCCAAAACGGAUAGCCCCGUGCUCGGAGAAUCCGGCUUCAAGUCCGUCGUUUUCCACAGCGAAAAGUCGCGCGUUUGCUGGCUCACGGCCAUGAGACUCGCCAAGUAUGGCAAACAACUCAGGGAAAAUUACAGAGCUUUCAAGAACAAACAGUGCGAGCAAGGCGGCGGAGACGGUCGAAAAGAGAGAUACGUCAACUACAACGUGUCGAACGAGUCGGCGCGAUCCCGCGUCGCUAUGGAUUUCACCGGAAGCGUCGGUAGAAUCGUCGAGGACCCGCAGGAGGCGAAAAACAUCGCGGAGAGCGAAGGCGUGAAUUGGCGGCGAACAUGGAGGCCAUUCUUGAGAGCACCGCCGGGCUGCGCCGUGGUCAGACUCCACGGACUGGACGACGGCAUCCACGUGUUGCAGCCUUGGUUCCACAGGGACCUGAAGAGGGACGUCGCCGCGGCGAUCGUCAGAGACCACGGUUCCGUCGACGGAGUGUUCCUGGUCCGGGAGAGCAACAGCAAUUUAGGCGCGUACGUGUUGACCUACAAGUACAGCGACAAGGUGUUUCACGCUCAGAUUCAGCCGGUGUACGACGAACGUUGCAAUUGUUGGUUGUACACACUUGACAAGGGUGUGACCAAAUUUUACGACCUGUUGCAACUGAUCGAGUUUUACCAGCUGAACGCGGGCUCUCUACCCACCAGAUUGACCCGAUACGUGCAAAACGGCGUGCCGUGCGCCGUGCCGAGGCCCGAGGACGGCGGCGCGUCGCCUUCGCCACCGGAACUCCCUCACCGGUUCUCCAACGUCGCCAACGUCGUCAGCGUCGUGAACGUCGCGACGCCCGCCGGUCAUAGGAGCAUCUGAGAAUAGGAGAUCCGGCGACCCGCUAUCGUCGAUUGCGCGUUUCGGCAGGUUCCUUCGCUCGACGGGAAAGGGAACAGGGCCGCGAACGCUCGGUCGACGCGGUCGGGUUGCUGGAGUUUGUGCCUGUGCAGCUACAGCAAAUGGAACUUGUAACGCGAUUCGACUCGUCCGCUCGCCGCUGCCCGUCCGCUUCGCCACGGAAACCCGACGGCUUCGAAAAUCGACUUUGACCGCGGUUCAUCAAUCUCGAUUUUUCACGUCGGCUAUUCGAUCAGCGCGUUACUCGAUUCGAUCCACCGGCGACCGCGGGCGGACGAGACGCCGAAUCGCGACGCGAUAAAACGAUGGUGGAAAGCCGAAAAGAAACUUAUUAGUUCGUUCGCGCGCGCGAUCAUCGUCGACACAAAUUUCCGAUAAAAUAAAUAUAUUUUGUACGAACGUAGACGGAAAAGCCGACGCGCGAUACGUCCGAGAUCCGCGUCGGUCGAGAACAAUAAACGAAACGCAAACUGUUGCGAAACCUGGUCGCCUUUAUUUCUCCCCCGAGGCGAAAGCGAAUUCGAAGGAGCCGCCGUCGAGUCCCGUGCUCGAGAGAAGGUAGCGAAAUCUCGGGGAACGGUACGGAACCUAGGACGCGAGCUCGGAUCGCAACAGGUAAGAUCGGACAACUGUAGAGAGGAGGAGCAGCGCCGGACGAGUUCGUGGAGAGGGGCACGUAGGCGGAGAGAGGUGGAAUUCAGGUGCGAGCAGCAGGCUAGCGGAAAAGGCGGCGGUAGUAGUUACCUUCAGGAUCGCGAUCCUCAGUUCACCGCGACCAGUCGACGCGUCGAACCGACCGAGAAUCGGAAUGGUCCCUGCGGAAGGCGUCUCGUCGAAGGAGCUAAGUUGAAACGA